AUUAUUAAGAUUUAGAAACAUCUUAUCGAAGACGAGAAUGAAAAGUGUAUUUACAGGUUAAAAGGGCUGGCACGAUUUCAUCACUCACAACUACUUUGGGUGGAGUUGUUCACAAACCUUUUCAUCAGCACUUCCUUUUUUGGGGUUCACAUUAAUGUUUCGCGGCGCAAUGCCAUGUGGAGCUACUAGAAAUAUUUCCAGGCGAGACGGCACAUGUGAGAUGCAGUCUGGGGAAAGCCGGGCGCGGAUGAUCCGCUGCCACACCCGGUGCAGGUAUCUGUAUUGCAGUUGAGCAUGCUCAGCCGCAGGAACAGGAACGGCCCCUGGCGCCCUGCAGUGCUGUUUUGCAGGCACGUCACUCGCUGCCCAAGAGAACCACGCAAUCGCUAGGGAUGGAAGGGACCUCUGGAGACCAUCUAAAGAUCACCUAGCACAGAUUACACACGAACGCGUCCUGGUUUGCUAAGUAUAGAAAAACAGACUUGAAAAUGCUGUCCAGACUCUUCCGAAUGCAUGGCCUUUUUGUAGCCUCUCAUCCAUGGGAAGUCAUUGUGGGAACAGUGACUCUCACUAUCUGCAUGAUGUCUAUGAAGAUGUUCACUGGGAAUGACAAGAUCUGUGGCUGGAAUUAUGAGUGCCCCAAACUUGAAGAAGAUGUUCUGAGCAGUGACAUCAUCAUCCUGACAAUCACACGCUGCAUAGCAAUUCUUUAUAUAUAUUUCCAGUUUCAGAACCUAAGGCAGCUUGGAUCAAAAUACAUUCUAGGUAUUGCUGGCCUCUUCACAAUCUUCUCAAGUUUUGUUUUUAGUACAGUGGUAAUUCACUUCUUGGAUAAAGAACUGACAGGUUUAAAUGAAGCUUUACCAUUCUUCCUGCUUCUGAUUGAUUUGUCAAGAGCAAGUGCAUUAGCCAAAUUUGCGCUCAGUUCCAACUCACAGGAUGAAGUAAGAGAAAAUAUUUCACGUGGGAUGGCAAUAUUAGGCCCUACGUUUACACUGGAUGCACUUGUGGAGUGUCUUGUAAUCGGUGUUGGUACCAUGUCAGGUGUACGACAGCUUGAAAUUAUGUGCUGCUUUGGCUGUAUGUCUGUUCUUGCCAACUACUUUGUCUUCAUGACCUUCUUUCCAGCUUGUGUGUCAUUGGUAUUAGAGCUUUCAAGAGAGAGUCGUGAAGGGCGCCCUAUAUGGCAGCUUAGUCAUUUUGCUCGUGUUCUGGAAGAAGAAGAGAAUAAACCAAAUCCUGUGACACAGAGAGUCAAAAUGAUUAUGUCACUGGGUUUGGUUCUUGUUCAUGCCCACAGUCGUUGGAUAGCGGAACCAGCUGCUCAAAACAGUACUGUUGAAAAUUCAGUGGGAUUGGAUGAGAAUGCACCAAAGAGAAUUGAACCUAAUGUUUCACUGUGGCAGUUCUACCUUUCUCGAAUGGCCAGUAUGGACAUUGAGCAAGUAAUCACGCUUGGAUUAGCGCUUCUCCUUGCUGUCAAAUAUAUUUUCUUUGAGCAAGCGGAGACUGAAUCUACCCUCUCACUGAAGAAUCCCAUAACGUCUCCUGUGAUGGUACAGAAAAAGGUCCCUGAAAAUUGUUGCAGGAAGCAGACUGAACUUCUGAAAAACAAUCAGAAAUCUAACACAGGAGAAGAAGCUGUCAUUCCCAAAGAUGAGAGUGCUGAAGUCAUAAAACCUGUAUUAGCAGAGUUAUCAACCAAGGCUACGUUUGUGGUAGGCAAUUCCAGCCCUGUGGAAACUUCUUCAUAUCUUAGUGGAAAAGAGGAAGAGAUUGAGUUACCUAAAGAGCCACGUUCUAUUGAGGAAUGUGUUCGUAUACUUGGAAAUGCACAGGAAGGAGCAAAAUUUCUUACUGAUGCAGAGGUUAUCAGCUUAGUUAAUGCUAAGCAUAUUCCUGCAUACAAACUGGAAACCCUGAUGGAAACCCAGGAGCGAGGUGUAUCCAUUCGCAGACAGAUGUUGUCUAAGAAACUUCCUGAACCUUCAUCUUUGCAGUAUCUUCCUUAUAGGAAUUAUAAUUAUUCUUUGGUGAUGGGAGCUUGCUGUGAAAACGUGAUUGGAUAUAUGCCUAUUCCGGUAGGCGUAGCAGGACCUCUGGUUUUGGAUAACAAAGAGUUUCAGGUGCCAAUGGCAACAACAGAAGGGUGUCUUGUAGCAAGCACAAACAGAGGAUGUAGAGCAAUAUGUCUUGGUGGAGGAGCAAGUAGCCGCAUUCUGGCAGAUGGGAUGACUCGAGGACCGGUUGUAAGGUUGCCCACUGCUUGCCAGGCUGCAGAGGUGAAAGUCUGGCUUGAAAGCCCCGAAGGUUUUAAAAUAAUGAAGGAAGCUUUUGACAGCACAAGUAGGUUUGCCCGCCUACAAAAACUUCUCAUCAGUUUGGCUGGUCGUAACCUUUAUAUCCGUUUUCAGUCUGGAACAGGGGAUGCAAUGGGAAUGAAUAUGAUUUCAAAAGGUACUGAAAAAGCACUGGCGAGGCUGAAUGAGGAGUUUCCUGACCUUCAAGUUAUAGCUAUCAGUGGCAACUACUGUACAGACAAAAAACCUGCUGCUAUAAACUGGAUAGAAGGAAGAGGGAAGUCUGUUGUCUGUGAAGCAGUCAUUCCAGCUAAGGUUGUUAGAGAAGUCUUGAAAACAACUACGGAAGAUCUAGUGGAAGUAAAUAUAAACAAAAAUUUGGUGGGUUCUGCGAUGGCUGGUAGCAUAGGUGGCUACAACGCACAUGCAGCAAACAUUGUGACAGCGAUCUACAUUGCCUGUGGUCAGGAUGCUGCGCAGAAUGUGGGCAGCUCCAACUGCAUCACUUUGAUGGAGAGGACUGGUUCCACCAAUGAAGACCUGUACAUCAGCUGCACGAUGCCUUCUAUAGAAAUAGGGACUGUUGGCGGAGGCACCAACUUGCUCCCACAGCAGGCCUGUUUGCAGAUGUUAGGAGUUCAAGGUGCAAGCCAAGAUAACCCUGGUGAAAAUGCCCGUCAGCUUGCUAAAAUUGUUUGUGCUACAGUGAUGGCAGGGGAAUUGUCACUAAUGGCUGCUCUUGCAGCAGGGCAUCUAGUCAAAAGCCACAUGAUCCACAACAGGUCAAAGAUAAAUCUACAGGAUCUUCAAGGAACCUGCACUAAAAAGGCAGCUUGAAUACUAAAAUGGCUUUGAAAUGAAGAAUUGUUUUAGUAACUGACCAGGUGCACAAGGAAAAAAAACCAAAAUAUAUGAAGUUCAGAAUAAAGAUUGCCUUCAACUCAAUGAUGUCUGUGUAAGAGAAACUAAGAGAUCAAGACUUGAGACUUGCUAUGCUUGACCUUCUUCAGUGGUUAGAGACUGUGAAAGAAGUCUGUCAGAUGUCUUGAAUAUGGCUUUCAAAUUCUUACUCUUACACAUCAUUUUCUGAAGAGUCAGUCUUAUGUUUUUACAGGUUGAGAUUAUUUUGCCUAAAAAGGUCCUGGUAACUACUAAACUGAAAAGUAAUUUGUACGUUUAAAAUAACAAAACAAAAGAAGUUGGUGUAAACUUGGAUUGAAUGCACUGGGUCCUUGCCAUCUUUAUUUUCUGGUUAAACAAGCAUGUUUUUUAAAGUGAUGGCAAGCCUAAUCACUUUCUAUGAACUCCCAGUUUUAAUUUGUCCACAUGUAAAACAGGUCUUAGGCUAUCAGACAGUUUAAUUGAAUGAUAUUAGUUUAAUAGAAAUAUUAUAUUCUAUUCUGUCUAUAUAUAGUACUUGAUUUGCUGCUGCUUCAGCUAAGCAGUGUUGAUUGUUUAACACCACAAUUUAGGUUAUUCCUUUAUGUAAAACUUGUGAUCUGUAAAGUUCUGAACUGUUAAAUAUAGUCUGUACUAAAGUAGGGAAGAACAGUGUCUUCAACUGUUUUGGUACUUUGUAGAAAAAAUGAAAUGGUAACUUCAAAACAGUUAUGUGUCAGACAGGUAUUUAAAUGUAGUUUCUCAAACAUUAUGUGAUAGGAGUGCAUUCAAACAAACGAGUCAAGAACAGAUGUUUACACUUACUUAACAAGAAGUCUCUUUAGGAACAUAUAUACACAUUGUGUACCUUAUGUUGGGGAUUUUUAUGAGGUGUUUAAUGCUUAUUCUCCAAGAAUAGGUGUUUAUCCACCAUUUCAGCUGAGAUAAAAGUAAGCCAGAAAACCACACUGUUCUUAAAAAGAAAACGGAGGGGAUUUUUUUUCUUUUAAUUUCCUUUUGAACUUUCUUUCUGAGGUGGGGAAUAUUUAUUUUAAAAAGAAAUCUUAGCUUUUUUGUCAAUGAAAAGUACUAAUUAAGGGGAUUCAAUGAAAUUACAUGUUAAUGUAAGAAGCAGUUUUUGUAAUAAAAUACUGUAUUUGGACCAGUGAAGCAGUCUCAGGUGUUCUUACUGUAAUAAAGAAAACCCAGAUUUAUUCUGGUUUGAUUCACUUUUGGGAAUACUGCUAAAUGCAUAGCCCUGCCUAGUUAAUCACAGGAGGAAAAUUAUUAAUAUGCUUGAUGAUUUUUUUGUUUGGUUGGUGUUGGCUUUUCUUGUUUGACUUUUUGUGGGGGGAAUCAGUGGAUUGGGCUGGGUUUCCUGCAGCAUCAUUCCUAAACGGGUGUCUAGUAGAGGUGCUCUUCUAACGUGCAGAUUUGAUACACAUCAUGGUGGGUUGCUUUGUAGUACAUUUGCACAUUAAUAUCCAUUGUAAUGAGCUCGUAAAUGUAAUGUGCAAGCAUGAAGACAUACUACAUGCUAGACAUGUUAUGAUGGCAUGUAAAUAGCAAAUACCAUGAAUGUUUAUCUUCCUGCAGUAUUGUUGCUAAUUGCUACUAUUUUUAUUUAAGGAAAUUUGGAAUUACUUGGUUUCUGUGUUCAUUCAAUGAUUUUAUUUAACACUGGUCUGGCAAUAAAUGGUGGUUCAGUGUUCAUUUCAGUGGAUUUAACUGACAUUCUGUCUGGCAGAAUUAACUUUUUGUAUUAUUACUAAACUGUGUACAUUUUGGUACAGAACUACUUUUUCAGUUUCAGUAAAACCAUGGAAAACA